AUGGGGAUCGAGAUCUUGAACCAGGUGCCCAAGACCGACGUGAUCAUCGUUCCCGUCUGUGGCGGGGGCCUCAUUACCGGCAUUGCACUUGCCGUCAAGACUCUCAACCCUUCAAUUCAAGUAAUUUUUCACGGCAGCGCUUGCCACCGGGUGUCCCGUGGACACCAACACCAAACCGACCCUUGCCGAUGGUUUGGCGGCCCGAAAGUCGGCGAGAAUGCGUUUGAAGUCCCCGCGCCGUUGAUCGACAUCAUGGUGACCGUGUCGGAAAAACCAAUUGCGCUGAGUGUCCUGCGUUUGUGUGAGCUGGUAAAAUUCGUCGAAGGGGGUGGCGCGACGUCGCUCGCCGCUAUAAUCGACAAGUUGCCGGAUCUUCGGGGCAAGCGCAUUGUGAUGCCAUUGUGCGGCGGGAACAGCGAGACGAGUGUGUUGGGUGGUGGUUCUCUCGUCCCCUCGCACCGACGACGACAUGGAGGUGCGUCCUUCCUUCGUAAAAUGGUUAAUGAACUCACAGAAAGCGUCGAGUUCGCAUAA